UUACACAGAAUGUGGGUUUUUAUCUUGUUUUGCCAUUAGGUGGCGCGGACACCAAGGAAGAAUUGCUUCUGCAAUGCAACAGCUCACAGCCCGAAACCCAAACGUAUCCCGGAUCCAACACACCGGCAACCGGCUGCAGGAACGGCAAAGUCCCCAACUCUCGUGUGGAGCCUGCGAUGUGACGUCACUGCUCUCGUCUCGCGGAGCUACUUUCGCUUUCAAUUAUCAGGAAGAAGCAGCGUUGUGAGUUGGGAGCCAUCUGAAGGAAGAAGCCUCAAAAUGGCAUGCAGUAACCAGGAGGUGCCCAUGGACUUUACUGACGGCAGCCAGCAGUCUCUUGACACGUUGGCUGAGAACAAAGAAGAAGUUCAAGUUUUUCUCUCAGUCGAGUGGUCAGAGGGUUUUCCCCAUCAGAAAUAUAAAGUUGAACUGGAGAAGAUUCUUCAGAGUUGGGCCAACAAUAACAACAACAAAUACUCUGGAGACUGCAAAGUGCUGGAUAUCUUAGAAGACAGGAUUGCAGUGAUCUGUCUUCGGCCUGCUCCAGCGCUGAGUGACCUUCAGAAACUAAGUGGACAACAACUGGUGGGAAAAGAUGGAAAAAGGGUCACAAUAUUGUCUAUUUCUUUGACACCACAAGAGGUUGAGAAACAAGCACCAGCGGACGUAAAGCUCCCUCCUUCAUCCGUGUCAGAGCACCGUGAUGAGGAAGAGCAGCCUUUGGUGCAGCCUGGAGAUCCUACAGAAGGAGACGAGUGCGCUUGUCCUGUCCCAGUGAACGAUUUCUGGUACGUGACCCACAUCCACAAGAAGGAAAUGGAACGUAUAGGGAAAGAGAAUGGAGUUACCAUCACAGCAGAAGUAAUUGUGACGUUUAAAGAAGGAGGCAAGAAUGGAGGCAAGAACGGAGGCCCUCCAAAAGCUCUGUCUGAGUUCACAAGACUUGUCCAGGAUUGCUUUUGUGAAUCAAAUAGCUCAAAUAUUCCCCUCCAGAAAAUGAAUCCAGAAGACUGGAAGAACACAAUGAAAAUCAUCCAGAGAAAGGAAAACAAGCUUUUGCUUACAGUAUCGCCUGAAGAUAUGACCAUAUGUGGGCCAAUUCAAAGUCAAGAAGCCUUCAGAAAGACUUUAACCCCAACCACAAACACAGGACCCUGGGAGACUUCAGGGCUGUGUCAAGGAACUUCCCUGAACAUUGGCAUGAGCAUCCCGGACCCGCUUGCCAUUGAAGGGCUGACCAUGGAGGAGAGCUACUGGAAACUGAUGACCACUUCCUUCAGCAAUAAGUUGGCUGAUAUCAAAACCAAGUUCGGUGUGGACUUUAAAGAAUCGUUUCCCCAACCGGGCAAAGUCAAAGUCAAAGUCUGCUACAAAAAACCUGGAGGAAACGUGUCAAUGGAGAGCCACGCUGUCGGGGCUCUUCUUCGUCUGUACCAGAAGACUGCAACAUCACCAAUGAACUACACCCAACCACGUGGUGCCUCUGGAUGGACUGACUUGGAGUCGCCCGGAGCCUCCGGUGGACGUGGGUUCAACGGACAGUCGGGAUACAACACUGAAGCACCCGCAGCAGGGGGAGCAGCAGCAGGCAACUCGGCAGAAGACAAAGAGUGUCCUAUAUGCAAAGACACAUUUACCAAUAAGAAGCAGCUCAGGUGUAAACAUGAGUUUUGUGAAAAAUGCCUGGAAAGGUCCACCGAGAGCAUGGGAACCAUCUGUCCGGUUUGCAAAGACGUCUUCGGCGUGAUGGAGGGAAACCAGCCGCCAGGGAAAAUGAGGUGUAGUUCAAGUCUCAUUUCCCUUCCUGGAUUCCCAAACUGUGGCACUAUAACCAUCAGUUAUCAUAUUUCAGAUGGAGUACAGACGGAGAAGCAUCCAAAUCCUGGGAAGAGAUUUGAUGGUAUUUACAGAACCGCAUAUCUGCCAGAUAACAAAGAGGGCCAAGAAGUGCUGGGCCUUUUAAAGAAAGCAUUUGACCAGAAGCUCAUUUUCACUGUUGGGACGUCCGUAACGACUGGAAUGGACAAUCAAGUCACCUGGAAUGAUAUUCACCACAAGACUUCCAUUCAUGGGGGACCACAGAGCUUCGGGUACCCUGAUCCUGGCUACCUGGGCAGAGUCAAAGAGGAACUGAAGGCUAAAGGCAUCAAGUGAGGACUUCCAGGGAAAGUAAAAGAGAUGUUUUCACACACAAGCAAAAAGAAUAUAUGUGAUCAUUUAGAACAAGCAAGCACUGUAAUGCACAUAUUAUUGAAUUUUAUUCUGUUUCUUAAUUUUUCAUAUGAUCAGUAUGGGUGGUUUUGAGGUGCUUGAAGAGUUUAGCUGAAUGUAUUACCAUCCCCUUUGAAACCUAACUUAACCUAACGGAUUUUCUCAUUAUUUUGUUGAUCGAUAAAGUUUUAUCAACUUAUCACUUCAACAUUUGAUUACAUAAAUUGGACUUUAUAAUUCCAGUACUCCAUCUAAUUUUCAAUUUGCCCAAUAAAUGAUUAAACCAACCCAAACUGACUCAUUGUAUUCAUCCCUAUU